AUGGCGUACAAGAGACCAACGCAUGAGUUACAGGAUAUCACCAAUGUCAUGGAGCUGUCUGCUGAUUUAUCUCACCAAAGUAAUGUCUUCAAGAGGUUAAGUACGUCACCAACCAAAGCAUACCCUGAUGACAUCUCGAAGCCGGCAAUGAGGUUAUCACCAGUCAAGAGAAGCCCAAACAAGCUCAGAACUCAGUUGACGCCGAAGCGGUUGGCGUCACCAGAGUGUUUGAAGAACUACAUUCCACGAAUAACGCAAAGUAUGGACCGGCCGCAUUUUAAUAGACAGGAGAAAGUUGAGAAGUACGAAGACGAAGGAUCUGUCACAAAUCUAGUUUUCCCGUCUUCGCCAACCAAGAUGGCCUUCAGAUCGGAGAAAAAGAUUGGAGGCGAUGGCUCCUUGAGCAAGCUUAGAUCGAGGUUUAGCAACGGGUUGCUGUCCCCUCAGCGGUUUGCUAGUGGAGCUUCGUCUAGACUACAGGGCACUAACCUCUUCAGCAAACUGGAAGAGGAGGCCGAAGAGGCAGAAAAGGACGGUGAAAGAACUCUUAAUUUUAAGAGGGCGCCUGAGAGACAGAAAUCAACGAAUCCACAGGAGCACUCCAAAAUCGGUAAAAAAAGACAGCAGAAGACUGUGAAGUUCCAAAUUCCUGCUACAGGUGGAGAGAACGACAUGAGCGAAAGAAUGAACUACCUGGAACUUACUUUGUCUCAAGUGCUUAAACGUCAAAAAGAACUAGAAGAUCGCUUGAUGAUGAUGGAACAACGCACCCAUCAGGAUGAAGAAACUUGA